AUGAGAACGCGCAGCGUGGUUGCUGCUGUUGGCGAGCGGUGCCAGGCAGCGGGAGCGGCGCUGCGGGCCCCGGGGCUCCCUGGGCAGCGUGUCGGCGGGCACCCGGAGCGGGUGCGAUCAGCUGAAGGACCGGAUUCUGGGUCGCUGCUGGAGCUGCACAAGCGGCGGAAGGCGCUGAGUGAGCCCGAGGUGCGUUACUACCUGCGCCAGACCAUCCUGGGCUGCCAGUACCUGCAUAGCCACCGCGUCAUUCACCGGGACCUUAAGCUGGGCAACCUCUUCCUCAGCGACGACAUGGAGGUGAAGAUCGGUGACUUUGGCCUGGCCACCAAAGUGGAGUACGAUGGUGAGCGCAAGAAGACCCUGUGUGGGACCCCCAACUACAUUGCCCCAGAGGUGCUGGGCAAGAAGGGGCACAGCUUUGAGGUGGACAUCUGGUCCAUCGGCUGCAUCAUGUACACUCUGCUGGUGGGGAAACCACCUUUUGAAACUUCUUGUCUAAAAGAAACGUAUAUCCGAAUCAAGAAGAACGAAUAUACCAUUCCCAAGCAUAUCAACCCUGUAGCUGCUAACCUCAUCCAGAAGAUGCUGAGGUCUGAUCCUGCCACGCGCCCAACUAUCGACGAGUUGCUGAAUGAUGAGUUCUUCACGUCGGGGUACAUCCCCAGCCGCUUGCCCACCAGCUGUCUCACCGUUGCACCUAGAUUUUCAAUUGCUCCCAGUGGACUUGAACUGAACGGGCGAAAGCCGCUGACUGCGCUUAACAAAGGACCAGACAGCCCUGCACUAGAGAACUUGCCUGAAAAGGAAGACGUAGCUGGGCUGCGGGAGCUGGGAGAUGCUGUUGACUGUCACUUAGCUGACAUGUUACAGCAGCUGACUGCAGUCAACUCGGCCAAGCCCUCUGAGAGAGUGGCAGCUAGACAAGAAGAAGCUGAAGACCCAGCCUGCAUUCCCAUCUUCUGGGUUAGCAAAUGGGUGGACUACUCAGAUAAAUAUGGUCUAGGUUACCAGCUGUGUGACAACAGUGUUGGAGUUCUCUUCAACGACUCCACUCGUCUUAUUAUGUACAACGAUGGGGACAGCUUGCAGUACAUUGAGCAAAACAGCACCGAGUCCUACUUCACUGUGAGGUCCUACCCCUCUGCCUUGAACAAGAAGAUAACACUAUUGAAAUACUUCCGGAACUACAUGAGCGAGCACUUGCUGAAGGCAGGUGCAAACAUCACGCCACGGGAAGGAGACGAGCUGGCCCGUUUACCCUACCUCUGCACGUGGUUCCGGACCCGCAGCGCCAUCAUCCUGCACCUCAGCAAUGGCACUGUGCAAAUCAACUUUUUCCAGGACCAUACCAAAGUCAUCUUGUGCCCUCUCAUGGCUGCUGUCACAUACAUAGAUGAGAAACGGGACUUCCGCACGUACAAGCUGAGCCUCAUUGAGGAACACGGAUGCUGCAAGGAGCUGGCCAGCCGGCUCCGCUAUGCUCGCACCAUGGUGGAGAAACUCCUCAGUUCAAAGUCUGGCUCAGCCCGUGUGAAACCCUCUGCUUAGACCUUGUUCUCGAUGGACUCAACAUCUGUGCCAAACUGUCCCAGCUGUGGAUGGCGAGGUCUAGUAGCAUCCCUGCUCGCACUGUAACCUCCCAUCACAUAGCUGGGCUCCCACUCUGGGUAUGGCCUAGUUGCCACAAGGAAGCCCCCGAUGCUGUGGGAACAGCAUUGUUCACUCUGGCUGAUACCCAAAGGUUUCUUGCUCCCGACCCUAAUAGAAAGUCUAUUUUUUAAUUGCAUACCUAGUCUUUUUUUUUUUCCCUAACUUCCCAAAGCCAAAAGCCUGACUCAAAAACCAACCCUCUUGUUUGAGGCUCCUGGGCCUUCUCUCAAGAGAAAAAAAGCACAGGGAGAGCAGAACUAUCAUGUAAGUUAUUUGUACAUGGCUGUG